AUGCGUUUCUCGACUCUUGCGGUUUCCUUGCUGGCGAGCGGUGCGGCCGCCAAGAAGUCAUGCACCCAAAAAGUUCACACCGAGUAUGUGACAUUCACUGUCACAGCUGGUGGCCCUCAGACCCCCAGCAGCUCCUCACCCUCUCCUACCAGUAGCUCUGAGAGCCUGGUUUCUUCCUCGGAGAGCGUUGUAUCAGUUCUGCCUACCACCAUCGAGCCUUCCUCCGUCGAGAGCACGUCCACCACCGUUGCCGUCAUCAUCACGACCUCGGCCGCCGUCUCUUCGACAUCCGAAGCCCCUUCCUCGGCCGCCCCAGUUAGCACCAGUGCUCCCACCACCGGCCUGACCACCGACGAGCAGGCUGCCCUGGACGCCCACAAUGCAGCCCGUGCUGAAGUUGGCUCGCCCGACCUCCUUUGGGAUGCGGGUCUUGCCUCCGAUGCCCAGUCUUGGGCUGACCAUCUAGCUUCCAUCGGCAAGCUGGAGCAUGCCAGCGGCACUGGUCAGGGCGAAAACCUCUACAUGCAGUCCGGCUCCAACAACCCCUUCCUCAACGCUGUCAACGCCUUCAACUCCGAGAAGAGUGACUACACCGGCGGUGUGAUUGACUCCAACAACUACAGUCACUACACUCAAGUCGUUUGGAAGAAGACUACCCACGUCGGUAUGGCCAAGGCUACCGGCAACGGCGGUACCUGGGUGGUCUGCCGGUACUCCCCUCCCGGAAACUACCUCGGACAGCUGCCUUACUAG